AGCUUUGCGAAAGAGCGACGACUCCCUUCAACAUGGAGAUCUUGGGCCUCGUGGACGUCCCGUUGUAUGUCCUUCUAACCCUGGCGGUGGCUGUGCUGAUCUAUAUACAUGGAACCUGGAACUUCAAUUACUUCAAAAAACAGGGCAUCUCUGGACCAAAACCGUUCCCUCUUUUAGGAAACAGCUUCUCUCUUUUAUUCUUCCACAAAUUCAAAGAAUGGAACCGAAAGUACGGAAAUGUAUAUGGCAUAUUUAUUGGAAGAACACCAGCCUAUGUUAUAUCGGAUCUGGACAUUCUGAAGGAGGUGUUUGUCAAGAGCUUCAACACUUUCAGAAACAGGAUGAAAUUCACACUCGUGGCCUAUCCAUUAAAUUUGGGCUUGUUUUUCUUGAACGAUGAGCACUGGCGGAGGGUGAGAAGCAUCUUAACACCGAGCUUCAGCAGCGGCAAACUGAGGAAGAUGUGCGCUGCCAUCAACGAUUGCUCAACGACUCUCACAACUAAUUUCUCUAAAGCCAUUGGGAAAAAGGAAGGGGUGAUCAUGAAAGAUUACUUUGGAGCUUACACCAUGGACGUGAUUGCACGGACUGCCUUUGGUAUAAAAGUCGAUUCUCAGAACGAUUUCAGCAAUGAAUUUGUCGCUAAUGCUAAGGUGGUGUUUACACAAUCAAAGCCAAAACGACUACUACCAAUGAUAGCACUCUUCUGUCCACCAUUGGUGUGGGUUAUCCGGAAACUUGGAGUCCGAUUUUUUCGGAACAGCGUCAUGAGUUUUUUUCAAGCAAACAUCGUGGAAAUGAUCAAACAACGACAGAACGACUCAAAGGAAAACCGAGAGCAGAGAAUCGACUUCCUACAACUCUUGGUGGACGCUGAGAUAACGGAUGAUACAGUUAAACAAGAAAACGGUCAUGUAACCAAUGGGCAGGCUUCAGAGAAACAAACAGUCAGACGUUUAACAACGGAUGAAAUAGUUGGCCAAGGGAUAUUGUUCUUCGUUGCUGGAUACGAAACAACGGCUUCCACGCUGAACUUUGCAUCACACAGUCUCGCCAUGAAUCCGGAUGCACAGGAGAAGGCAUAUAAUGAAAUCAAAGAGAUGCUUGGGAAUGAGGAACCAAACUACGACAACACUGGGAAACUGAAGUAUCUGGACAACAUCAUCACUGAAACGCUCAGACUCUACCCACCUGUUAUUGCAUUGCAUCGCAGAGCUUCUGAGAAUAUUCAGAUCAAGGACCUGACAGUCUAUGAGGGUCAAACUGUCUCUGUGCCUACAUUUGCACUACAGAGAGACCCUAAGCUCUUCAAAGAUCCAGAUUCCUUCAAACCUGAAAGACAUGAUGAAAAAUCAAACCCACUGUCCUUCUUGGCGUUCGGAUACGGUCCACGAAUUUGUAUUGGGAUGCGUCUGGCUCUGAUUGAGGCUAAAAUAGCCCUGGUUCAUGUUCUGAGAGCUGUGAAGUUUGAACGUAUGCCUGACACACAGGAAGUAUUGACGUUUAAGGUGUCCGGCAUUCUCCAAACAGAAAAGGACAUCAAGCUGAAAGUAUCUCCAAGAUGCUGAGCUAUGGGAAGAGGCACCUGCAGUACUCUUAUGAUAAGAAGAAAGGAGAGAGAAAAGUUACAAAACUUGUAACUGUCUCAUGAUUCAGUCGAUU